GCGGAGCUCCGGGCCGCGACGGCGGCCGCGGGCGGCGCCCUCGCGCCGCUCGCCGUGGCGCGGGCGACGUACGCGGGCGGCUGCCUCGUGCUCGAGGCGCCGCGGACCGCGACUGAAAAGGUGGACGGGGACCCCUUCGAUAGUGUUCGGUCGCAGCUUGUCGUGCGGCCAGUCGUGUUCGGAGGCUACGCGCUCGUGCUGAACAAGUUCCCGGCCUUUGCGGACCACGCGCUCCUGAUCACGGCGGCGGCCGUGCCCCAGGCGCGGCGCCUGGACCGCGACGACCUCGACGCGCUGCACCGGUGCGCGUCGGCGGCGAGGGGCCUCGGCUUCUACAACUCGGACGCGACAGCGGGCGCGUCGCAGCCGCCUGUGUGGAAAUCAACCAAUGCGUCGGGUCCGCUCGAUGGCGUGGAGGUCGACGCCAAGAUUCAAUGCGCUGGGAAAUUUUGAUUUCCACACAGGCAGCCGCACCGACACUUCCAAAUUGUGCCCGGCGAGAGUUUCGUCGGCGAGGGCUGGAGCGCGGCGCUGCCGCCGAUUUCCCGAGACAUCGAGGCGUUGCCGCGCGACCCGUGGCGCUGGUCGGGCCCUGCGUGGAAAUCAACCAGUGCGUCGGGUGCACCCGACAAUUCUUCACUAAGUCAUCUCUCGGCGAUGAUGCGGUCGUCCUGGCUCGGUCGAGCAGCGAGGAACCGGCAUCACCACGCCAUCGAGCAGGUCUGGCGUCGAUGGCGUGGAGGACGACGCGAACGCGCCGUACAAUUUUGAUUUCCACACAGGUCGGGCCGCGUGCCCUUCCAACCCGUCGCGCAAACGCUGCCGCGGCUCGCGGGCGUCGCGCACGGCGUCGUGCUCCUGCCGCCUAGGGCUACGUUCCGCGUCGACUUCUCGACAGACGGCGCCUUCGCCGACGCGCUGCUGCGGGCCUACGCGCUGCUGCUCCACGACCUCGAUUUGCUGAACGGCGAGUCGCACAACCUGCUCGUCGGCCGCGGCUGGCUGCUCGUCGUCGCGCGGCGCGCACGCGAAGCAAACGGCGUCGACGUGAACGCCCUGGGCUUCGCGGGGUGCCUCCUCGCGCGCGACGCGGCGACGUUCGAGGCGCUGCUGGCGCCGGGCGCGUGCGGCGAGGUGCUCCGGGGCGUCGCUGUUCCAGCCUCGGACAUCGCGGUGCCGGCCUCGGACUAGUUGUGUAGUUGUGUUUUUGUCUUAUCACAUACACCCCCGCCGUCGCUGACGACACCGCGCAGACGAACCU